AUGAUUGCUUGGAAAUCUGUUACUUUGCCUAAAUCUAAAGGUGGAUUGGGCUUGGCCUCCUUUGAUUCUAUUCAGCACAAGAUGAUUUGCUCUUUUAUCUUUAGAAUGUACAAUGAGAGUAAUUUUGUUGGUGAUUGGUAUAGAGGAAAAUUUGACUCAAUCUGGGAAACACCCCCUACAUAUGCUUCAAAAUUUUGGAAACUUGUUUGCCAAACUACUGCCUCCUUCCCCCACAAUGUCACGCUAUCUGUACACCGGAAUUGCAAAUUGUCUUUCUUAUGGGAUCCUUGGUGUGAUAAUAAACUGGUUGCUGAUUUUUACUACUCUCCCAGUUUGGCACAUUUAAAGGUUAAUGAAUGCAUCACUCAUAAUCAAUGGACACUUCCUGAUUGUGUUCCUUCUACCUCCAGAACUAUUAUUAUGAAAACUGCUAUUGGGGAGGAGCAACCAGUUCUUUACUGGGACGGCUCCUCAAAUCCCUCUUCUAGGGAAUUUAUGUCGUCGUGGAAUGACGACUUGGAGGAUGUUGUUUGGAGUAAGUUUAUAUGGCACAAAGGAUAUGUUUUGCACUAUGCCUGUUAUGCGUGGAUGGCUUUACUGGGGAAAUUAAAAACGGCUGAUAACCUUAUUUCGAGGG